AUGCAUCCAAGCAUCAGAACCGUAACAAUCAUUGUCACAACAAUCAUGCAUUUCAUGAUUACUGUUGUUCAUUGCCGUGAUUUACACUCUUUAUCUCCAUCAUCAUCAUCAUCGCCGACAUCACUGAGGUUUCAAUACUCGGAUAUUAAGACUCUCAAAACGAGCAUUCUUUCAACGACAACAACCACCUCCGUCAUAUUAGGAGCAGCCAAUUAUGUGUCAUUAUUUCUAUGGAAUGAUUUAAAGUAUUCCUCUCUUUCCGAGGUGUAUGAGUCAUUAUCCUCGAAACGACCAUUGAGAUUCUUUUCGUAUACCUUUCAACCAGAUGCACAACGUCACAUUAUGACUCGAGUCAUUCCUAGAUCGUUUUUAAGUCUCUCUUUCAAUAGCUCAACAACAACGAAUAACAUUUCAGAGGAGUCGCUCACUACUGGAUUGUGGACCUAUUCACAAGUAUCUCUAGGAGCCUCCACCGAUUGCCUCUAUGGAUCUGUUUUUGAACAUUUUGAUAUUCUCAUUGAUACGCCCGAUGUGUUUGCCAAACGAUUAAGGUUUGCAAGCUCACAUUUUGGACGUCGAAAGCCUUUUCAAUCCGGCCUCUUGAAUCCCAAUGAUUUUCAGCACAUUCCAUUAUUUCCUAGUAUGGUGUGGAUUUAUAAUGGUAGCCUUAUAGAGUUGGAGGAUAUCAGUACGAACCAUUUCAUGACAACGUCCAUGAUGACCGUUUUGAAACAAAACUCAACCCUAACAAAUCUCACCUGUUUGGAUUCAGUCAUUCAUGAUGCUCGGGUAUUUGAGAGGCUUCAUGGUAUUGCAAAUUUUACAGAGCAAGAUUUACACGCUCUUACACUUUUCAUGAACAUUUCAACAACAUUGAAUUAUACGUUUGAAAUCAUCAAUAAGGCUUUUACGACUAUAAGUAUGGAAAUAACUACAACAACAACAACUUGGACCAAACAACAAGUACGGAACAAUUUAUGGCCUUCAUCAUGUUUCUAUUGUUCAACCUCUGGAUGUGUUGCAGAGCGAUGGGCCCAACAAGAUUAUUUAGAUAUCAGUGUGGCUUCUGUUGGAAUAUUUUUUUAUUUGAUUCUCUUUUCAUCCAAAGCCUUUCUUCAUCCAUCGAUUAAGAGAAAAUUUGGAAACGCAUACUUGGGACCAUUCUUAAUAAUGGUUGGAUUUGCAGUGAACUCUCCUGCAUUGGCCAAUCAUUGUUCUACUGGUGCUGGUUUAGUAUUCAGUUAUUGUAUAUUCACUCUGUCUUUGGUAUAUAUUUGUACCAUGUUACGAUUUUAUUAUUUGAGAAAUAUUUAUUGGAUUAUUGACAAGACAGAUUGUGUUAAAAUUCACAAAGUAUUAUCGACUCUACCCGUUGGAAUUAUUAUUACAAUUUUUGUUCCAUUGAUUCUGGCUGCCAUUUUAACUAUACCUCAUAUAGUAUUGGUUCGAACAUUUAACUCGACUACCAUUAAUCUCAAUUUUAAUUUAAUGGUGUUGGGAAUGGCUUUGAUUCCAAGUAUUUUAGGAAGUCUUGUGGUUGCGUUUGAUAUUGUCAAACAUCGAAAAAGUAUUAAGGAAAAGGGUUUAAGAAGAUUCUUGUUCUUUGAGGAUCCCUUUUUCGUGCGGGUCGAUUUAAUUUCUCUAAAUAUUAUUGUGAUCUUUAUGGUUGCUGUUCUUCUUUCGGUGGGAACAAGUUCCAAUAAUUUGGUUCCAAUCUUUCGAUUCAUUUGUGGAUUGUGUGGAUAUUUGGUUUGUGGAGGAGCUAAUAUCAUUGUGAUUCUAGUUCAACAUUUAUUAUUUAGAGCUAGUUCUUUAGAAAAACAAGCACAAUCAGAGCAUGAUCAGUUUGAUUUUCAUCACCUGAUGGAAAGUAAUAAUGAAUCAUUUUACAAAUUAUUUAAAGAAUAUUGUUCUGGAGAAAGCUCAACCGAGAAUAUCCUAUUGUUUGAAACUUUAAAAAAGCUGAAAGAUCAACAAAGUUUAACACUGAACGAUAUGCACUACAUUUCCAAAACAUUUUUGAACAUGUACUCGCUGUAUGAAGUCAAUAUUCCUUCGAGUGUGAGAGCUGAUUUUGGUAAAGCCAUCAAAGAUCAUGAAGCCUCCACUUUGACCACUAUUCACAUCUCUGUCAUUGAACCAUUGUAUAUUGAAGUGAUGGCUAAUUUAAAAGAUACAUUUCGUAGAUUAGAGAAAACAAGUGUAUUUGCAAAGUGGAAACACUUUUAUCAAGUUCAGAAAGUGCAAUCUGUUAUUUGA